AUGUCGGACUCCAAGCUUCUGGAUCAGCUCGACCAGCUACCAAAGCUGCGUCAGUUCGAUGCGUUCCCUAAAACACAACCUAUGUACCUCAAGCGUUCUACGCAUGGUGGUGCCAUUACGAUACUAGUUCUGCUUGCCAUGGUCAUCAUGUUCUUUGUGGAAGUUCAGGUAUAUCUGUUUGGCAAGCCAGACUUCUCUUUUAAUAUCGAUAACCACAUCGGUCAUCUCAUGCAAUUGAACUUGGAUGUGACCGUCGCAACGCCAUGCUCCAAAAUUUCCAUCGAUCUUCGCGAUGCCUCUGGCGACGCCCUUCAUUAUUCACUUAAUGAUAUUGUAAAGGAUCCGACUAUUUUCCGUCAAGAAAAGGCGCGCGUCUUAAAGCGGAACAACUACUUCAGCCUUGCGAAGCUCACUCAUGGCCAGUAUAAGAACCGUAAAAAAAUUGCUCGUCAAGACAAGAAAUCUGUGAAGGGAGGCCCUCGUCACAAGGAUUCUGGCUUUGAAGAAACCGAUAUGAGCUUUGCUGAGACAGCCCCUGCAUGCCGUGUAUAUGGCAGUAUCAAUGUGAAGAAAGUGACAGGCAACCUUCACAUCUCGACCUUUGUCCCGUCGUUCAUUUCAGGCGCUGCUCAUCAUGAUCUUGGCAUCAACAUGUCACAUAUCAUUCACGAAUUUAGCUUCGGUGACUAUUUCCCUGACAUUGCAGAGCCUCUGGACUCGAGUAUGGAGCUGACAGACGACCCUGUUGCUGUGUACCAGUAUUUUAUUUCCGUUGUUCCGACGAAGUACAUGGCAGGGGGGCGUGUUCUGGAUACCAAUCAGUACAGUGUGACGGAUUACAAGCGUAACCCGACAGGUCAAACCACGUUCCCUGGCCUGUACUUCAAAUAUGACAUUGAGCCCUUGACCAUGAAAGUAUCCAAACAUUCGAUCAGUUUCGUGGCCUUUAUCAUUCGUAUCACAAGUGUACUUGGUGGUGUUUGGAUUUGUACGAACUUGGCAUUGCGCGUCCUGAAUCGCGUCAUGACAGUGUACCGUCGAUACUUGCGUGGGGCUGCACUGAACAUCGCGAAACCCUCAUCCACACCCAGUACUUUUAACCAGCCAUUUAUGAGUGGCCCUACGAUUCCAAUGCAAACAAGUGGCUAUGAAUCAUACAGCGCCAGCGCUCCCAACUUUGUGGUACAUGGGCCUAGCCAGACGAAAUAUCGAUCAGCUAAUUACUAG